AUGGGUACACAAGAUGAAACAAAUAGUACCCUAAUGUUUAGAUUUAAUCACAUCGCUAAAAGUGUUGUUCGUAAAGCUUCUAUUACCCCUGUAUCAAUACCUAGAUCUUUCCCAAUCACUCGUAAAUUUUCUGUUUCGAAAUAUAACAAUGCUGGUUCUUCAUCAGAUCCAACUCAUGAAAUUCGAACAGUUGAUAAAAAUUCAGACUUAAAAGUUCCAACUACACUUGAUAAAACUGCACGGUUGUUCUUUUUAACUGAAAUAUUAAGGGGAAUGUGGAUAGUUCUCGAAAAUUUUUUUAGACCUCCUUAUACAAUUUUUUAUCCUUACGAGAAAGGUCCCGUGAGUCCUAGAUUUAGAGGUGAACAUGCAUUAAGAAGAUAUCCUACAGGCGAGGAAAGGUGUAUUGCAUGUAAGUUGUGUGAGGCAAUCUGUCCUGCAUUAGCUAUAACCAUAGAAGCUGAAGCGAGAGAAGACGGUAGCCGUCGUACUACACG